AUGAGCGAUGCAGAGAUGGAAAUCUUUGGGGCGGCUGCCCCCUACCUGCGCAAAACUGAGCGGGAACGAAUCGCGGCGCAGAAUGCGCCGUUCGAUGCCAAGGUGGCGGUCUUCGUACCCGACCCCAAACACGAGUAUGUCAAAGGCAAGAUCAAGAGCCACGAUGGCAGCAGCGUUACUGUGGAGACCGACGGUGGCAAGGUGUUGACGGUGCACCAGGAUGACCUCCGACCUAUGAACCCACCGAAAUUCGACAAGAUUGAGGACAUGGCUCGUCUGACGCACCUCCAUGAGCCGGCUGUGCUCUUUAACCUCAAGGAGCGCUAUGCUGCCUGGAUGAUUUAUACGUACUCGGGUCUUUUCUGUGUGACUGUCAAUCCGUACAAGUGGUUGCCCGUCUACAACCCCCAAGUGGUGGCAGCUUAUCGGGGGAGGAAGCGUCAGGAGGCCCCGCCGCACAUCUUCUCCAUCUCUGACAACGCUUACCAGUACAUGCUGACAGAUCGAGAGAACCAAUCCAUCCUCAUCACUGGCGAGUCCGGUGCAGGCAAGACGGUCAACACCAAGCGAGUGAUCCAGUACUUUGCGACCAUCGCAUCAGUGGGAGACUCAAGCAAGAAGGAGCAAAUUCCUGACAAAGUGCAGGGAACGCUGGAGGAUCAAAUAAUCCAAGCCAACCCUCUGCUGGAAGCUUUUGGGAACGCCAAGACAGUGAGGAAUGACAACUCGUCGCGAUUUGGCAAAUUUAUCCGUAUCCACUUUGGGACAAAGGGCAAGUUGGCGUCAGCUGAUAUCGAAACAUAUCUGCUGGAGAAAUCCCGCGUGACCUUCCAGCUACCGGCCGAGAGGAGUUACCACAUUUUCUACCAAAUCUUGUCCAACAAGAAGCCUGAUCUCAUCGACAUGCUGCUCAUCACGUCCAAUCCUUUUGACUAUCCCUUCAUCAGUCAGGGCGAGAUCAGCGUGCAAAGCAUCAAUGACGCAGAGGAGCUCAUGGCCACAGAUAAUGCCAUCGACAUUCUGGGUUUCAACGGGGAGGAGAAGCUUGGCAUCUACAAGCUAACCGGGGCUGUGAUGCACAUCGGGAACAUGAAAUUCAAGCAGAAGCAGCGCGAAGAACAAGCAGAGCCUGACGGCACGGAGGUGGCCGACAAAGUGGCUUACCUCAUGGGGCUCAACUCGGCCGACCUGCUCAAGGCGCUGUGCAACCCUCGAGUGAAGGUCGGCAAUGAGUAUGUCACCAAAGGCCAGACACCACAGCAGGUGAACAACGCAAUGGGCGCCUUGUCCAAGGCUGUGUAUGAGAAGCUCUUCCUGUGGAUGGUUACUAGGAUCAACAAGACACUCGACACUAAACUCCCGAGGCAACACUUCAUUGGCGUCUUGGAUAUCGCAGGGUUUGAGAUUUUUGAGAUGAACAGUCUGGAGCAGCUGUGCAUCAACUUCACCAAUGAGAAGCUUCAGCAAUUCUUCAACCACCACAUGUUUGUACUGGAACAAGAAGAGUACAAGAAGGAAGGCAUCCAAUGGGAGUUCAUCGACUUUGGCAUGGACCUAGCGGCUUGCAUCGAGCUUAUUGAGAAGCCAAUGGGCAUCUUCUCCAUUCUGGAGGAGGAGUGCAUGUUCCCGAAGGCCACAGACAUGUCCUUCAAGAACAAACUUUACGACCAACACCAGAACAACAGCAUCUUCCAGAAGCCUAAACCUUCCAAAGGAAAGUCGGAGGCUCACUUUUCUCUGAUGCAUUAUGCCGGCACUGUUGACUACAACCUCAGCGGUUGGCUGGAGAAGAACAAGGACCCGCUCAACGACACGGUGGUGCAGCUGUACCAAAAAGCCUCCGUUAAGCUGCUCUCCCAGCUUUUUGCCAUGUACGCCUCAGCGGAUGCUGACAAGAAAAGCUCUAAGAAAAAAGCCUCAUCUUUCCAGACGGUCUCUGCACUCUUUAGGGAGAACCUCAACAAGCUGAUGGCCAACCUCAGGUCCACACACCCGCACUUUGUGAGGUGCAUCAUCCCCAAUGAGACCAAGACUCCAGGGGUGAUGGAUCACCAUCUGGUUCUGCAUCAGCUUCGCUGUAAUGGCGUACUAGAAGGAAUCAGGAUCUGCCGGAAGGGAUUCCCUAGCAGAAUCCUCUAUGGAGAUUUCAGACAGAGGUACAGGAUUUUGAAUGCCAGCGCCAUCCCUGAGGGGCAGUUCAUGGACAGCAAAAAGGCAUCAGAGAAACUUCUCUCCUCCAUCGACGUAGAUCACGCACAGUACAGAUUUGGAUACACAAAGGUCUUCUUCAAAGCGGGCCUUUUGGGUCUUCUCGAGGAGAUGCGGGAUGAGCGUUUGGCAGUGCUGAUGACUCGCAUACAAGCUGUAGCCAGAGGUUAUGUCACCAGGCUGAUGCUCAAAGAAAUGGCAAAGAAAAGAGAAUCUGUUUUCAUCAUCCAGUACAACAUUCGCUCCUUCAUGAACGUAAAGAACUGGCCUUGGAUGAGACUCUUCUUCAAGAUCAAGCCUCUUCUGCGAUGUGCUGAGGCCGAGAAGGAGAUGCAGAGCGUGAGAGAGGAGGUGUCACGUCUUAAGGAUGAGCUAGCCAAGUCUGAGGCUCGCAGAAAGGAGCUGGAGGAGAAAACCGUAGGGCUUGUCCAGGAGAAGAAUGACCUUAACCUUCAAAUCCAGGCAGAACGAGAGAACCUUUGCGAUGCCGAAGAGCGUUGUGAAGGUCUUAUCAAGAGCAAGAUUCACUUGGAGGCCAAAGUCAAGGAAUUCUCUGAGAGGUUGGAAGAGGAAGAGGAGAUCAAUGCAGACGUUACGGCAAAGAGGCGAAAGCUGGAGGACGAAACUUCUGAGCUCAAACGGGACAUCGAUGAUCUGGAGCUGAUUGUUGCCAAAGUUGAAAAGGAAAAACAUGCUACUGAAAACAAGGUCAAAAACUUGGUGGAGGAGGUAACCACUCUGGAGGAAAAACUAAUGAAGUCCUCCAAAGAGUACAAAGCCUUGCAGGAGACUCACGAGCAGAUGCGUGAUGAUUUCCAGGUUGAGGAAGAUAAAGUCAACGUUUUGAUAAAGACAAGGAUUAAGCUGGAGCAACAGGUCGACGAUCUGGAAGGCUCACUGGAGAGAGAGAAGAAAGUGCGAGCUGACCUGGAGAGAUGCAGACGAAAGCUGGAGGGCGACCUCAAACUGAGUCAGGAUACCGUGAUGGACUUGGAGAAUGAGAGGCAGCAGGCGGAAGACAGACUCAAUAAGAAAGAUAUGGAAAUCAGCAAUCUGCAGCACAAAGUAGAGGAUGAGCAAGCCCUCGCCACUCAGCUGCAAAAGCAGAUAAAGGAACUUCAGGCACGCGUGGAAGAUCUUGAGGAACAAACUGAAUUGGAACGUUCCACCAGGGCCAAAGUGGAGAAGCAGAAGAUGGAUCUCAACAGAGAGCUUGAGGAGAUCAGCGAGAGGCUUGAGGAGGCUGGAGGAGCCACCAACGCUCAGGUGGAAAUGAACAAGAAGCGCGAGGGUGAGUUCCAGAGGUUACGGCGUGACCUGGAGGAGGCCACUCUUCAGCAUGAAGCCGUCACUGCGGCUCUGCGCAAGAAGAAUGCGGACAGCGUAGCACAGCUCGGAGAGCAGAUUGACAAUCUGCAGAGAAUCAAGCAAAAGCUGGAGAAAGACAAAAACGAACUAAAGAUGGAGUUGGAGGACAUGGCGGGCCAUGUGGCAAGUGUUGUGAAGAGCAAGUCCAACUUGGAGAGGAACUGUCGCAACCUAGAAGAGCAAACCAGUGAGUACAAGACCAAAGCUGAUGAAGCCCAGAGAGCACUCAGUGACUACACUACUCUCAACGCACGACUGCAGACAGAGAAUGGUGAACUUUCUCGGUUGCUGGAGGAGAAGGAGGCUGCGCUGAACCAAAUGAGCAGAACCAAAGCUGCUGGCAGUCAACAGAUCCAGGAACUCAAGAGGCUUCUUGAUGAAGAAGUUAAGGCAAAAAACUCCCUCGCGCACAGUUGUCAGUCAUUCCGCCAUGAUUGUGAGCUUCUGAGGGAACAAUAUGAGGAGGAGCAGGAGGCCAAAGCCGAGCUGCAGCGCUACCUCUCCAAGGCCAACAGCGACGUGGCCCAGUGGAGAAACAAAUACGAAACGGAUGCCAUCCAGCGCACUGAGGAGCUCGAGGAAGCCAAGAAGAGGCUGGUCCAGCGACUGCAAGAAUCCGAGGAGUCAACAGAGACUGCAAAUGUAAAAAAUGCCUCAUUGGAGAAGACGAAGCAGAGGCUGCAGGCUGAAGUGGAGGACCUCAUGGCGGAGCUGGACAGGGCAAAUGCAGCCAAUGCGGCCUUAGAUAAGAAACAGAGGAACUUUGACAAGGUCCUGUCUGAAUGGAAGCAGAAGUGUGACGAGUGUCAGUCAGAACUGGAGGUGUCUCAGAGAGAAUCCAGAGGUCUGAGUACCGAACUCUUCAAACUGAAGAACACAUAUGAGGAGGCACUAGAACACCUGGAGAGCAUGAAGAGAGAAAAUAAAAACCUUCAGCAGGAGAUCGCAGACAUCAGCGAGAACGUUGGACAGUCAGCUAAAAUAAUCCGUGAGCUGGAAAAAGUUGCAAAGCAAGCUGAGCAGGAGAAGAAAGACACUCAGAUGGCACUUGAGGAGGUUGAGUCGUCUCUGGAACACGAAGAGGCCAAAAUCCUUCACCUACAAUUGGAACUGAACCAGAUCAAAUCAGAGAUUGACAGAAAGAUGGCCGAGAAAGAUGAAGAGAUGGACCAGCUGAAGAAGAACCACCAGAGAACUGUGGACACCCUGCAGAAUGCACUAGAAGCUGAGACGCGAAGCCGGAAUGACGCCGUCCGGCUGAAGAAGAAGAUGGAGGGGGAUGUUAACGAGAUGGAGAUCCAAUUAGGCUACGUCAACCGCCAAGCCUCUGAGGCCACGAAGCAAAUGAGGAACCUGCAAACCCAGUUGAAGGACACGCAAGUACAACUAGAUGAAGCGCUCCAUAGUCUGGAGGACACCAAGGACCAACUGGCCAUCGCAGAACGGCGUAAUGACCUAAUGACGGCCGAGAUGGAGGAGGUUAAGGCGGCUCUUGAACAGGGUGAACGGAGUCGUAAACUGGCCGAACAGGAAUUGAGGGAGAUUAGCGAGAGGACUCAGCUGCUUCACUCACAGAACGCAGGCCUCGUGAACUCUAAAAGAAAGAUGGAGAGUGAGUUGGCUCAACUGCAGUCAGAAAUGGAAGACAUCGUCCAGGAUGCACAGAACAUGGACGAGAAGGCCAAGAAAGCCAUCACAGACGCUGCCAUGAUGGCUGAGGAGUUGAAGAAAGAGCAGGACACCAGUGCUCACUUGGAGAGAAUGAAGAAGAACCUGGAGAUGACGGUCAAGGACCUGCAGCAGCGUCUGGACGAGGCAGAGAGCAUUGCCUUGAAAGGCGGGAAGAAGGAGCUCCAGAAAAUGGAGGCCCGGGUCCGUGAGUUGGAAAAGGAAUUGGAGGCGGAGCAAAAACGUGGGAGCGAAGCCAUGAAAGGAGUCCGCAAAUACGAACGCAAGAUUAAGGAGCUGACUUUUCAGGGAGAGGAGGAGAAGAAAAACGUGGCCAGACUUCAGGAUUUGGUCGAUAAAUUGCAGCUGAAGGUCAAAGUGUACAAGCGGCAGAGUGAGGAGGCGGAGGAACAAACAAGCGUCCACCAGGCCAAGUUCCGGAAGGUACAGCACGAGCUGGAGGCGGCUGAGGAACGAGCGGAUAUUGCCGAGUCACAGCUCAAUAAACUCCGAGUCAAGAGCCGUGACGUUGUUGGGAAAGUGGAGUAA